AUGGAUGAACUACAAAAGAAACACAGCGGUCUGGAAAAAACAUUGGCUGAGUUGAGAUCAAAUAGGAAGAAGAUGGAAAUUAGAAUUAACGAGUUAAACGGCGAAAUAAAAGAAAAAAUUGAGCUGCACAACAAUCUAGUUUCAUCGAUUGUGGGUAUGAAGAAGGAUUACAAAGAGAGAACUCAGAAGUUUGGAGCUCUAAGAAAUCUUGUCAAGGAGUAUAAAAAGAGCCAGAGGCUGCAUUUAGAGAAGGAAUAUAAAAAACAGAUAGAAAGAAUAGUCCAGGAGAUCAAUUCCUUGCCAUUCGAUUUAAAAUUGAAUGUGUUUAGAUCGUUUGAUACACUAAAAGCAAUUAAAACAUCAAUGUUUCCAAUAUUGAAUGAUAAGAAAGAAGUGUAUUUCAAUACACGGAGGGCGUUGUUAAAAAAGAAGAUAUUCCACGAAAUCAAGAUGAGAAUGCAAGAUCCGGCUUUGAUCGCUGAUCUAAUAUUUUAUAUCAAUUUCAUGAUCAAGUAUGAGAUGUACUUUGAAGAAGAAGCAUUCAUGCCUUUUUUGGCCAAAAAGUUAGAGAAGGAAUUUGAAUACCAUUUUCUGUCUGAUAGAGAGUCUAAUAGACUUGACAAGCCUGAAUGGUUCAUGGAGUUUCUGCUAAGGAAGUAUGAUGAAUGCGAACAUGCCAUUCAAAUAUAUUCAGAUUGCAGAACAAAGUCUGGGUUGUCUGACAAAAGCAUUGCUGAGCUGAUUUCAUAUACUCAGCAUUUGGUAUUUCAGAAACUAACAGAAAUUGCAAAGCUUGAAAGCAGUCAACAGCGCAAUCUAAUUUUGAACUUUGCCACAAGAUACAAAGAAUAUGCAGAGAAGAUAAAAGAUCUGCAUUCCUUUGAUCCUGGCUUGGAUGAAAUUAGACAUGUCCUCUCAAGUGUUCAGUACAAUCAUAUUAAGUCAGAGCUUUCAAAAAUACAUGAAUUGAGAUAUGUGCAGUGGUUCGAUGAAUAUAAGAAGCUAUGCAAAGACACGCUUGUUUAUAUAUGCAAGUUUGGUGACACUGACACUAGCUUCAAAUUCAAGGAUCUGGUUUCUCAGAUACUUUCGCAUGCAAGGCUAUUUAUUGAAAACUUCAGAUUUAUCAACAGAGAAGAAAUCAAGGCUGUGCUGUAUAUUUUCAGCGAAUUUGAGGAUCUAAAGGCUUUCAUUUCCGAUGAAGAAAGAGAGACAUCACUAGCCCAUCCCCGAGGCAUGCUACACAUUUGUGCAUCGUCUGUGGAUAAAAUCACCGUUUUUAAUGCGGAAAUAUUCAAGUUAAUCAAAAAGUUGGCUGCUAGUGAUAUUGAGAGCAUACUUAGAAAGAUAGCCUACUUUACAUAUUCAUCAAAUGAAACAAGACGCACUGUGAUUGUUGAAAUCAAUAGAGUUAUUGAUGAGUAUAAAAUUUGUAUAUAUUCAGACCUGGUAGAAAAGACAAUGCAGGAGAAGAUAGAUGAGUUUUUAUUAGAUGAAAUAUUGCUAAAGGUGAGGUUUUCAUCUGACGAGUAUCUUGAAUUUAGGAGUUUUCUCAGGUCUCUGAAGAAAAUAUUUACUGAAUACUCUUGGAAGUCAGAUGAUGCCUGUAGAUGUAUUGAUGCGAUAUUUGAAGACAGAGCAGAGAGUGGCCAGCUAUUCAAGACCCUCAAGUUUCUAUAUGACAAAUAA